UAAAUAAAAAUCAAUUAAUUUGGCUGAAUUUGAAGAUUUGACAGAGAUUAAAUAUUUUACAUUUGUCAAGAAUUCUUAAUGUCAAAUAUAGAGAUAAAAAGAGGCAUGUAGAUCAACCCAAUAUCCUACAGGAACACAGCUGUCUCAAGCCUUGAUGCCAUUCCAGAUAUCAGGCAGAUACAUGUCUGGAUCUGCUCAACAGUUACCAUUAAAAUUACUGCAGAAUUUAUAUUUACAUCAUUGAAAACUUACCUGAAGUUUGUCAGCUCAACUGUCCAAAAUGUCUCACGAACGUCCCAAGAAUCAAAGAAACCAGACUCUUACUGAAGCGCACCUUAAACCUAAUUGAUACUCUCAGCUUCAGACUUCCUUAUGAUCUGACGGGAAGAUUGACGACAGCACAGUCAAACCCUGGUAGGAGUCAACAUGGGCAUAAACCCGUUUAAUUGUCAAGUUAGGGUUAAAAAUUAACCAACAGAGCAAAGGUGGGCGAGAGAGAUUUUAUUGCCUUUUCAGAUAAACCACAAGUCUUUGUUGAUAUAGUAAACGACAACAGACGUGAUGAAAUUAGCAUUUAGAGUUGUGCUUGUGCCCACCUGAUGGAGUCUAAUAUUCUCUCUUCAAUAGCUCUAACAACUAAAAACAGAUGCCGACACUCUCUGUAGAGCUGAGAAAAUCAGUUACUGCUAGUGACGUCAUUCAUGUACACAGAAUAGGUAAUAAAAAUCAUACACAUCUCCCUCCUCAAAGUGACGAAUUAUUCUAUUUAUUACUGACAGGAACAAAAGCUAAAGACAGAUGACAAAGGACAAAUAAACACCUUAGCUAACAAAUAGUAACAAUUAAUGACAAACAAUAAAAGUAUGCAAAUUUUGUCUUCCUCUUGUUUUUGUACUGUGCCCUCUUCACAUAGACUCCUCUCCACCAUUUCCCUUAUGUCCCUUAUUUUUUUGGAUGCCAAAAGAUCCACCACUGCCUCCUCUAUUGCCUUGCAGCACUUCUAAUGGCCUUACCCCAUGUGAAACAUCCAGUCAGAUCCAAGGAGUUUCUAACACAUCUGUCACUUAUGUCAGUCACGCCUCAUUAACUGCAGCCGAGAAGUACAUGGGUAAUUUUCAGGCAACAAAAGCACAUGGUUAGGUUCAGGCAACAAAAACACAUGGUUAGGUUUAGACAACAAAAGCACAUGGUGAGGUUUAGGCAACAAAAGCACAUGGUUAGGUUUAGGCAACAACAGCACAUGGUUAGUUUCAGGCAACAAAAAGCACAUGGUGAGGUUUAGGCAACAACAGCACAUGGUUAGUUUCAGGCAACAAAAAGCACAUGGUGAGGUUUAGGCAACAACAGCACAUGGUGAGUUUCAGGCAACAAAAGCCCAUGGUGAGGUUUAGGCAACAAAAACACGUGGUUUGUUUCAGGCAACAAAAGCAUGUGGUUAGUUUCAGGCAACAAAAGCACAUGGUGAGGUUUAGGCAACAAAAGCACGUGGUUAGUUUCAGGCAACAAAAGCAUGUGGUCAGUUUCAGGCAACAAAAGCACAUGGUGAGGUUUAGGCAACAAAAGCACGUGGUUAGUUUCAGGCAACAAAAGCAUGUGGUCAGUUUCAGGCAACAAAAGCACAUGGUGAGGUUUAGGCAACAAAAGCACGUGGUUAGUUUCAGGCAACAAAAGCAUGUGGUCAGUUUCAGGCAACAAAAGCACAUGGUGAGGUUUAGGCAACAAAAGCACGUGGUUAGUUUCAGGCAACAAAAGCAUGUGGUCAGUUUCAGGCAACAAAAGCACAUGGUGAGGUUUAGGCAACAACAGCACAUGGUUAGUUUCAGGCAACAAAAGCCCAUGGUGAGGUUUAGGCAACAAAAACACGUGGUUUGUUUCAGGCAACAAAAGCAUGUGGUUAGUUUCAGGCAACAAAAGCACAUGGUGAGGUUUAGGCAACAAAAGCACGUGGUUAGUUUCAGGCAACAAAAGCAUGUGGUCAGUUUCAGGCAACAAAAGCACAUGGUGAGGUUUAGGCAACAAAAGCAUGUGGUUAGUUUCAGGCAACAAAAGCACAUGGUGAGGUUUAGGCAACAAAAGGACGUGGUUAGUUUUAGGCAAGAAAAGCACAUGGUUAGGUUUAGGCAAGAAAAGCACAUGGUUUGUUUUAGGCAAGAAAAGCACAUGGUUAGGUUUAGGCAACAAAAGCACGUGGUUGGGUUUCGGCAAGAAAAGAACCUGGGGUUAGGGUUAGGGUUAACUGACGCAGCCCAGUAGUGUAUCAUACAACUGGGCAAGGUGGCUUUUGGCAUCGUUGCCUGAUGACAAAUCACUGACACAGGCAAUAUUCGACUUCGGAAAGAGAAUGGGCUGUUCUGAAAACAUUUGAGGCAAGAAAUUGGAAAAUCAGAAAGAGUUAGAGACUCUUCGACUCUGAUUAGGGUUAGGAGGGGCAUGAUUUUGUUAACAGACUAUCUGUCUUGUGUACUUCUUUCAGAAUAUAGUGACUGUUUCAGCAAAUAUGACAAAAAGUUUUUUUCAUAGACGUUAUCAACUGUAGCCUUCAGGAGAUAUAUGAAAUGGAAAAAUAUGGACAUACAUGGUUUAAACUAGACAGCAAUGUAGCAAUGUGGUGGAUGUGAGAAACACUGAAAUAUCAACAACAGCUCAUUGUAUUGAUCAUGCUGGAUUUUCUGUGACAACGCAUCAUCUUUGUGUAAAAACACACACA